GUUCAUUUGGUUGGGUUGGGCUUUGGUUUCCUAUGGUUGAUAAGCGACGCUAUUAACGUUAUAUGAUUCAUCGAAAAUGCCAAUUUUUGUACGUUUUCCAGGAAACGCAAUUAGCCAACGCGACAGAAUUGAAGAAAAGAGAAUCCGAGUAAGAGAGCGAGAGAGUGAGAGAGAGAGGGAUCAUGGCAACCCGCUGGUAAAGACCCUCAUCUGUGAGCAGCUGUUAGGUAAACAGAAUUCCCGAUAUCCCUUUGUUAUACAUAUGUAUGUGAGUAGUUGAGUUGGUCAGGUAGUCGCAACAUCGAGGGUUGAACAUCGCUGGUGGACUGUAUAAACUGUGACUUGGACUCUCGUCUCGCGUCAAUCACAGUUCAGUUUUUGCCAGCCAAGCAUCAGGUUCUUUUUAACAAUGUCCUCUUCCAAUGCAACAUUGUAUUACACCGCCAUGGAAGAUAUGUUCAAGGAUCUGCUGCUAGAUACAGAUUCCGCAGAACAGGUAGAUACUAUGGAGAAUGAGAUGCCAUUGAUGGAUACUCCAAAACGUUUGGUACGCAUACGACAGCACAAUCUGUUUACCAAGGACAAAGAGGAAUUCUUUAUCUGUCGCCGUUUGCCGUUGUCCUCGCAAAAGCUAGAUGCAUCCCCUAGAAGUCAGGAAAUGCACAAGGAGCAGCAGGGGAAGGAGCUGCUGCGACUGCGCCGUGAACGCUGUGAGGGGAACCAAAAGAAGCCAAUGCGACGCCUCACCAUGCGAAUUUAAGCGGGUCAGGGAUGUGUGAAAUCGUGUGAUCGAUAAUAAUCAAUCGACUGUCUAGUUGUUUAAAGUGCUUCCGAGUUUUAUGCUUUAGUUUUAAUAAGUUAAACACGUCUUUCUAAGUAUGCAAUGGUGAUUUAAUUAGCUAAUACAGAAACCUUA